AUUUCACAGCGUGAAUCUGUUCAACACAUGUCGGGUUUAAACACUGUUUCUGCUUACCGCCAUUUUCUACGUUAACUGAGUUGAGUAAUAUGAAGUUAAACUGCCGUCUACUUACGUUCACUGAAUAUGAGCACAGAGCCAACCACUGCACAGAUACUCCAGAGCCGUUUACGCAAAUCCAUUGAUGCGAGAGAUGCUCCUCAGCUCAGUCCUCAGCCAAGAGGAGUGAAGGGCUUCUGAGAACUGAAGACAAGUAUUCCAGUAAGUGCAUCCUCCUCCUCAGUGACACAAAGGGGACCGAAUGGUAUAAAAGAAGUGUAUGUUCCCUCAACAUUCACACUCCACAUCACUCUCUUCUUCUUCAGUCCUCAUCUUUAAAUUUUCAGCUGCGACCGUAACAUCAGGAGCUAAGAUGACUUUCUACGAUGACAUUUACCCAUUCUACCCUCUACAAAGGACCUCCUUCAUCUUCAGUGGCCGCUUGCUCACCAUUAUUCUGGUCUUCCUUGUGCUAGCGGGCGGUCUUCUUCUCAUUCUGCCAGGGAUUCGAGGGAAGUCGAGGCUGUUCUGGACGUUUAGAAUAUUUAUCAGCCUGUUCAUAGGUGCGGUGAUUGUGGCGCUCAACUUUACCAACGACUGGGCUGAGGCCAGAAUGACCACUAAUGCCACCUACAAGUCUUUCAGCAACGCAGUGGUUAAUGCUGAGAUCGGCCUGCACGUUGGACUGUAUGGCAUCAACGUUACACUGAAGGGGAAUCCUGUUGUGCAGUUCAAUGAGACCAUUGACUACAAUGAGAUAUUCAGCUGGCAUGACACUAUUGAAGAAGAGUAUGAGGAAGCUCUGGAGAAAGGUUUACCCAAUCCCAUCCUGUAUAUUGCAGAAAAGUUCACCCUCAGCAGCCCAUGUGGACUCAUCUAUCAGUACAGAUACUCUGGACGAUACGCCUCUGCAACUCUCUGGACUGCAUUUUGCUGCUGGAUGCUUGCCAACAUCCUGUUCUCCAUGCCGGUCAUUCUGUAUGCUGGGUACAUGAUGCUGUUCACCGCUGCCUUCAUCUUCUUCUCCAUGGCGUCAUUCUCCACCAUCAUGAAUGUGCCGCAGUGUGUUUUCUCCAUAGGAACUGACUCCUUUGAAACAGAAUACAGUCAUUCGUUCUGGCUGGCUCUGGCUACAGGUGUUCUGUGCACCAUCAUUGGGAUUCUGGUCGUGAUGUUUAACUACAUGAUACCAGAGAAGAUGAAAGAGGCUUUCAGUGUUGGUGUCGACAGUUAUGAAGAUGAGGAUGUUGCUUACGGGGAGGGCUACCUGAAUUCAGUUUUCCUUGACGGGGUGACAAUUUCACCAUUGCCAUCAAAAGUCAGCACGGAACAUAUAUGAAGCCAUCCAGGUUUCCCUCAGGGAGCUUUUCCAGCCAAUACUUGAAGUUAUUUUUGCUGAAUGUGUUACAGAUGGAGUGUCGUUUUAAUUAUCUGUGUGAGCCUGUAAAGUGUUAUGUGUUAAGUGAUUCAACUGUAAAUAGUUUGUAAAGUUAAUUGGCAUGUAGCAGUAGUUGUAAAUACAAUAUAAUUGCAUGGGAUCCAUACUAAUAUGUAUAUACACUGAUUAGUAUGCAUUUUCACUGCUCUGUCAAUUUGUUCAUUUUUAUUACACUGAUGUUUGAUGUAGCCUCUGCAGGAUUUCACUGGUUUCAGUUUCCUUCUUUCACGGCUUCUGAGCUCUACAUAAAUGUGAAAACACUAAGAGAAACAGCCUGUGAAAGGUCAACUGUUCAAUCUCUAAUUCAAGCA